AUGCCGCUAUUCCUCCAAGGACUCCACAGCAUGGGAUAUGAAUAGUAUACUCCUAAAUAAAUGAAUUGCUCAAUAUCCUAUGACCAUCUAUACAUAUUCCAUCCUCAAACAGCAUGCCAACCUUUUACCAUUAAGGAGAUAACAACCUUCUUUUCUCCACGAUGCAUGACAUCUUUCAGCAAUGCAGUUGUGGCACUCCUACUUAUUUCCGUGAAGAAAAGCUCUGCAGUUCUAUGGCAUUCAUCAUUUGACAAACACAAGUAUUUUCUUUAUCAAUCAGCGCUUACUGUACUUACUAGAAGUAACUGUGAAAUCCUCCUGGACCCAUUAAAUUUCUGAAGAAGAAAGCUAAGAUGAAGGACAUGCCACUCCGAAUUCAUGUGCUACUUGGCCUAGUUAUCACUACCUUAGUACAAGCUGUAGAUAAAAAAGUGGACUGCCCACAAUUAUGUACAUGUGAAGUCAGGCCUUGGUUUACCCCCAGAUCUGUGUAUAUGGAAGCAUCUACAGUGGAUUGCAAUGAUUUAGGUCUUUUAAAUUUCCCUGCUAGAUUGCCUGCUGAUACACAGGUUCUGCUCCUACAGACGAACAAUAUUGCAAAGAUUGAGUAUUCCAUAGAAUUUCCAGUAAACCUUACGGGCCUGGACUUAUCCCAAAACAAUUUAUCUUCAGUCACCAACAUUAAUGUAAAAAAGAUGUCUCAGCUCCUUUCUGUGUACCUAGAGGAAAACAAACUCACUGAGCUGCCUGAAAAAUGUCUAUCUGGACUGAGUAACUUACAAGAACUCUAUAUUAAUCACAACUUGCUUUCUACAAUUUCACCUGGAGCCUUUAUUGGCCUACAUAAUCUUCUUCGACUUCAUCUCAAUUCAAAUAGACUGCAGAUGAUCAACAGUAAGUGGUUUGAUGCUCUUCCGAAUCUAGAGAUUUUGAUGAUUGGGGAAAAUCCAAUCAUCAGAAUCAAAGACAUGAACUUUAAGCCUCUUAUCAAUCUUCGCAGCCUGGUUGUAGCAGGAGUAAACCUCACAGAAAUACCUGAUAAUGCCUUGGUUGGACUUGAAAACUUAGAAAGCAUCUCAUUUUAUGACAACAGGCUUAUUAGAGUGCCCCAUGUUGCUCUUCAAAAAGUGGUAAACCUCAAAUUUUUGGAUCUAAAUAAAAAUCCAAUUCACAGAAUACGAAGGGGUGAUUUUAGCAACAUGUUACACUUAAAGGAAUUGGGGAUAAAUAAUAUGCCUGAGCUGAUAUCUAUCGACAGUCUUGCUGUGGAUAACUUGCCAGAUUUAAGAAAAAUAGAAGCUACAAAUAACCCUAGACUGUCUUACAUUCAUCCAAAUGCAUUUUUCAGACUCCCCAAGCUAGAAUCACUGAUGCUAAACAGCAAUGCCCUUAGUGCCCUGUAUCAUGGGACUAUCGAGUCUCUGCCAAAUCUCAAGGAAAUCAGCAUACAUAGCAAUCCUAUCAGAUGUGACUGUGUCAUCCGCUGGAUUAACAUGAACAAAACCAACAUCCGGUUUAUGGAGCCAGACUCGCUGUUUUGCGUGGACCCACCUGAAUUUCAAGGCCAGAAUGUUCGGCAAGUGCACUUCAGAGACAUGAUGGAGAUAUGUCUCCCUCUUAUAGCUCCUGAGAGCUUUCCUUCUAACUUGGAUGUCGAAGUUGACAGCUAUGUCUCCCUCCACUGUAGAGCUACUGCAGAGCCACAGCCUGAAAUCUACUGGAUAACACCUUCCGGCCAAAAACUCAUGCCUAAUACUCUGACAGAGAGGUUCUAUGUUCAUUCAGAAGGCACGCUGGAUAUAACUGGCAUCACCCCAAAAGAAGGGGGUUUAUAUACAUGCAUAGCAACUAAUCUAGUUGGUGCUGAUUUAAAGUCUAUUAUGAUCAAAGUGGAUGGUUCUUUCCCCCAGGAGAGCAAUGGAUCUUUAAAUAUUAAAAUAAGAGAUAUUCAGGCCAAUUCAGUUCUAGUGUCUUGGAAAACAAGCUCUAAAAUUCUCAAAUCCAGUGUUACAUGGACAGCCUUUGUCAAAACUGAAGAUUCUCAUGCUGCCCUAAGUGCUCGAAUACCCUCUGAUAUCAAGGUAUAUAAUCUAUCUCAUCUGAACCCAGCUACUGAAUAUAAAAUUUGUAUUGAUGUUCCCACAGUCUAUCAGAAAAAUAGAAAACAAUGUGUAAACGUCACCACAAAAGGCCUGGACCCUGAUCACAAAGAAUAUGAAAAGAAUAAUACCACUACAGUGAUGGCCUGGCUUGGAGGACUUCUGGGGAUUAUUGGUGUGAUGUGUCUUUUCAGCUACUUCUGUCAAGAAAUGAACUGCAAUGGUGAACAUAUCCACGUAAAGAAUUACUUACACAAACAAACCCUUGCAUUCAGUGAGCUUUAUCCUCCUCUGAUAAACCUCUGGGAAGCCGGCCAAGAAAACAGUACAUCUUUAGAAGUGAAAGCAACUGCCAUAGGUGCACCAACAAAUAUGUCCUAAAAACAACCUUCUAAACCUACUUCAAAGAAAAACUCAAGACUGCAGCUAUGAUUUUAAAAAAUAUAGGCAGAGAAAUAUUAAUUUCUAGAAAAGGGGGUUAAACUUCACCAAUGCUGCUUCUGACCAAGGGAAAUAUGUACAAGUUCAGCAUUUUAAUUAACUGGCUUCAAAGGGUACUGUGGCAACCAAAUAAAAUAAUUCCAUUUUCUAGGACUUUCAUGUAACUUUUAUGUCUGGACUACAGUUAAAGUGAACAAAAACAUUUCUGUAUUUUUUUUAAGUAUAUAAGAGUAGUUGAACUGAGCAAUACCUCUCCUGUGUUGUAUUACACACAUUAGCCACGAGUUUUUGCAGUGACCAGAUAAACUUGAAUUGACAGGUGGUGUAAUAAAAAGGACAAAUUCUGUAGAGUAGACACAGUGAGUAUGUGGACCUUUUUUAUAAGGAAAAAUACAUUUUGGAUUAAAAUCAA